ACAACCACAGCUGCUCUGGCAACAACCACAUUAGCUCUAACAUCAGCAGAUGCACCUACAACAACUACUGCUUCUCCUACAACAACCACAGCUGAUUCUGCAACAACCACUGCUGCUCCUACAACAACCACAGCUAGUGCCGCAACAAACACAGCUGUCCCAGAAACAACAACAGCUGCUCCUACAUCCACAGCUGCUUCUACAACAACCACAAAUGGCCCAGCAACAACCACAACAGUGCCAACAUCAGCAGAUGUUCCUACAACAACCACUGCUUAUCCUACAACAACCACAGCUGCUCCUACAACAACCACAGCUGCUUCUACAACAACCACAACAGCACCAACAUCAACAGAUGCUCCUACAACACCCACAGCAGCUCCAACAUCAACAGAUGCACCUACAACAACCACAGCUGCUCCUACAACAACCACAGCUGGUCCCACAACCACAGUUGUCCCAGCAACAACCACAACAGUGCCAACAUCAACAGAUGUUUCUACAACAACCACAGCAGCUCCUACAACAAGCACAGCUGCUCUGACAACAACCACAUUAGCUCUAACAUCAGCAGAUGCACCUACAACAACCACUGCUGCUCCUACAAUAACCACAGCUAGUGCCGCAACAACCACAGCUGUCCCAGAAACAACAACAGCUGCUCCUACAACAUCCACAGCUGCUCCUACAACAACCACACAUGUCCCAGCAUCAACCACAACAGCACUAACAUCAACAGAUAGUCCUACAACACCCACAGCAGCUCCAACAUCAACAGAUGCACCUACAACAACCACAGCUGCUCCUACAACAACCACAGCUGGUCCUACAACAACCACAGCUGCUUCUACAACACCCACAGCAGCUCCAACAUCAACAGAUGCACCUACAACAACCACAUCUGCUCCAACAACAACCACAUCUGUCCCAGCAACAGCCCCAGCAGGUCCAACAUCAACAAAUGUUCUUACAACAACCACAUCUGCUCCUACAACAGCCACUGCUGCUACUACAGCAACCGCAUCUGCUUCUGCAACAACCACAGCUGUCCCUACAACAGCCACAGUUGGUGCCACAACACCCACAGCUGCUCCUAUCACAACCACAGCUGUCCCUACAACAGCCACAGUUGGUGCUACAACACCCACAGCUGCUCCUAUCACAACCACAGCUGUCCCUACAACAGCCACAGCUGGUGCCACAGCAACCACAGCGUCUAUUACAACCACCACAGCUUUUCCUAUCACAACCACAGCUGUCCCUACAACAGCCACAGUUGCAUCUGUAACAUCAACCACAUCUACCACAACAGAAACAGCUGGAGGUUCCACAACAACAGCCGGUGCCACAACAAAUGCUGCAGGUGCCACAACAAAAACUUCUUCUUCAACCACAGCUGGUGGCACAAUAACCGCAACUUCUUCUACUGCCACUGUUACUUCCAAAACCACAGAUGCUGCAACAUCAACCCCAGUUGCUACUACAACUAAAGGUCUUCCUACGACAAGUACAUCUCACCCUAUAACAGCAACAGCUGCUUCUUCAUCAUCCACAGUUGUUUCCACAACAACAGGUGCCUCAAAAACAACAACCAGUACCACAAAAACAACUACUGCUGGUACCACAAAAACAACUACUGCUGUUGUCAAGACAACCACAGUUUCAGCCUCAACUGGCAUCAGCUACCAGUUUAGUAUUCUCACAAUCUGUGUAGCUUUAAUCAUCCAAACACUUUUCUAGGAUGAGUUUCUCCAAAAGUGGCAUGUGUUUUAUAAUACUUGUAUAGUAAUUUAUAUCAUUUAUUUUGAGUAAUUAUUUAAUGUAUUUAUCAAUUAGAAUGCUUUCAAAAAGCACAAUGUUACAUUUAUGGUAUAGCAUAAACCUUGCUCAGCGCAUUUAGACUGCCUUUACUGUUGAUGUUUGACAUGUUUCAGGUUUUUCUAGUCCCUGUGCUGUACCCUAAUGCACUUUACAACUAAAAUGAUUAGUGUGUUUUCCAAAGAAAGUUGCGCAUCUUCUUAACCAAAUGAAUGUGUGUGUGCUCUUGCCAUCUAGUUUGAUUUCACUGUGACUGUCUUCUUAACUAGGAGUAUUUUGUAUUCAUUGGUUCUUUAUUCUUAUUGAAUGAAUGUUAAUUUACAAUUCACUUAAUAAAAUGUUACUUUGCAUUUA